AUGGAUAGGGGAGACAGACUGUUAAAUGAAUUAAUACUAUCCAAUUUGGACAAAGACAGUUUCAAAGAAAAGUCGGAAGAACUGAGAUAUGUCAGAAUGCUAUCAAAUGAUUACCAAAGAGAGUCAAACUUAAAUAAACUUCUCAACUUGAGAGACAAAGUGAAAAAGAGGGAUCUCAUUAAACGGGAUGAUCGUAGGAGACUGCAAAGGCUCAGGUUAUGGGCAAGGGAGAAUGCAGGCAUCUUAUCAGCUGUUCUAAUUUCCUCAUCAGCUGUAAUCAUAGGACUGGUAGCAUCAACUAGAAACAUAUUGUGGAAAGUAGGUGACACAACAGAAAAGCUCGAUAAGCGGAUCAGUGAGUUGGUAAGCCACCAAAUAGAACUACCACCUGUAUUUCAGAAGAUAGCCGAUGGAGUAGAGUUAGCAGCGGAUAAUAUAUGGAUAAUCAUUAUAUGUGCAGCAGUAGUUUUACUAUACCAGCUACGCUAG